AUGCCAGGGAUCACACUAGGAGACACGGUGCCAAACCUAGCGGUGAAGACGACACAUGACAAUUUCAAGCUCCAUGACUACUUCGCUGAUUCAUGGACCGUCCUCUUCUCUCAUCCCGGGGACUUCACACCAGUAUGCACAACGGAGCUUGGUGCGAUGGGAAAAUACGCUCAUGAGUUCCAGAAGAGAGGUGUGAAGCUCCUUGGUUUGUCUUGUGACGACAUACAGUCACACAAAGAGUGGAUCAAAGAUAUUGAAGCCUUUACGCCUGGAAGCAAGGUGACGUACCCUAUAAUCGCUGAUCCGAACAAAGAGAUCAUUCCUCAGCUUAACAUGAUUGAUCCCAUCGAGAAUGGUCCGUCUCGUGCCCUUCAUAUUGUCGGUCCCGAUAGUAAGAUAAAGUUGAGUUUCUUGUACCCGUCUACCACGGGACGUAACAUGGACGAAGUCUUGAGGGCAUUAGACUCGUUGUUGCUUGCGUCCAAGCACCAAAACAAGAUUGCAACUCCGGUUAACUGGAAACCGGAUGAACCGGUGGUGAUUUCGCCUUCUGUGCCGGACGAAGAGGCUAAGAAGCUGUUUCCCGAAGGUUUCAAGACGGCGGAUCUUCCGUCAAAGAAAGGCUAUAUGCGCCUCGCCGAUGUCUUUUAA